GGCCGCCCGGCGCUCGGCAGCCGCCUGCAGCCCUCGGAGCGCAAGGAGAGGCGCCCACCCGGUAGCCUUGGCAAGGUACUGCCAGAGACUGACAUUGGCUUCAAUGUGAAAUGAAAGUUGAAAAUGGCAUCUCCAUGUGUGUUGCUAUCAUGGUGUUGAUUCACUGGUCAUGCCUGAAGAGAGAAAUUGUGCUGUAGAGAGCUGACUGCUGCGCGGUCACUGCUGUCCUCCAUGCUCAGCUCCUCUCCCAUCUGCUGGAGUGAAACCCUCUCUGGAUACCAACACAACAUACGCUGUACAAAAUGCUUUGUGUUUUAAGGAUGUCAGCAACCUAAGUUCAUGCGCCCCGUCUGUACAGUUGUUGUGGAUGGUUUGCCAUCUGAAAGCACCUCACGUUCUCAUCCAGGCCCUGUGUCUGUUUCUGACAUGUCUCUGCUUCAUGCAUUGGGCCCAGUGCAAACCUGGCUGGGACAAGAGCUCGAGAAAUGUGGCAUUGAUGCCAUGAUUUAUUCACGGUAUAUUCUCAGUCUUCUGCUGCAUGACAGCUAUGACUACGACCUGCAGGAACAGGAGAAUGACAUCUUGGGCUGGGAGAAAGGAGCUUAUAAGAAAUGGGGAAGGAGUAAGAAGAAGUGCUCUGAUCUAACACUAGAGGAGAUGAAAAAGCAGGCUGCUGUCCAGUGUCUGCGCUCUGCUUCUGAUGAAAGCUCUGGAAUCGAGACUUUAGUGGAGGAGCUCUGCUGCAGACUGAAAGACCUACAGAGUGAGCAAGAAGAGAAGAUUCACAAAAAGUUAGAGGGAUCUCCCUCUCCAGAGGCAGAGUUGUCCCCUACAGCAAAGGAUCAAGUGGAAAUGUAUUAUGAAGCAUUUCCACCACUUUCUGAGAAACCAGUUUGCCUGCAAGAGAUCAUGACCGUGUGGAACAAGGCCAAACCCUGUUCUUACUCUAGCUCCUCUUCAUCAUCCACAGCCCCACCAGCAAGCACAGAUACAUCUUCUCCAAAGGACUGCAAUAGUGAGAGUGAAGCCAUCAGAGAAAGAAGCAGUGCCCCCUCCAUCCCCAUGCACGAGAAAGCCCAGAGCAGGAGUAGACAUGAGAAGGAAAAUAGGUUGAACAACAGCCCCAUCGAAGAAAAGCCUGCCUUGUACAAAAAGCAGAUCCGGCACAAACCUGAAGGGAAGAUCCGCCCUCGCUCAUGGUCAUCGGGCUCUAGUGAAGCAGGCUCAAGUUCAAGUGGUAAUCAGGGAGAAUUAAAAACAUCCAUGAAGUAUGUUAAAGUCAGACACAAGGCACGAGAAAUUCGAAACAAAAAAGGGCGGAAUGGACAAAGCAGGCUGUCCCUGAAGCACUGUGAGAAGGCAGAGAGAGGAGUCCAUGGGGGUGGUGGCGGCAGCAGCAGCAGCAGCAGCAGUGGGUCUGUCAGGCAGCUGUGCAAGCGGGGUAAGAGACCAGCAAAGGAGACAGGGAGAAGUGACCCCGGGAUCACUGCAGGGAAAGACCUAUAUGUGGAGAGCAGAAACAACAAAGAGUACAAGGAAGAGCCACUGUGGUACACUGAACCCAUUGCUGAGUAUUUUGUUCCUUUGAGUAGAAAAAGCAAACUAGAGACCACAUACCGAAACAGGGAAGAUACAAGUGCUCUGACAGCAGAGGCCGUGGAAGACUUGUCUGAAUCUGUGCGUGGUCUGUGUAUCAGCAACAGUAAUAUCCAUAGAACAUACCUCGCAGCAGGUACUUUCAUCGAUGGUCAUUUUGUAGAAAUGCCUGCAGUUUUAAACGAGGAUCUUGACCUCGCUGGGACCUCAUUAUGUUCUCUACCAGAGGACAAUAAAUUCCUGGGUGAUAUUCAUCUGUCAGAACUAACACACUUCUAUGAAGUGGAUAUUGAUCAAUCCAUGUUGGAUCCUGGUGCCUCAGAAACAAUGCAAGGAGAAAGUCGGAUUUUGAAUAUGAUUCGACAAAAAAGCAAGGAGACUACCGAUUUUGAGGCAGAAUGUUGCAUAGUGUUAGAUGGUAUGGAGUUGCAAGGGGAACGUGCAAUAUGGACAGAUUCUACCAGCUCUGUGGGUGCUGAGGGCUUCUUCCUGCAAGACCUUGGCAAUCUGGCUCAGUUUUGGGAGUGUUGUUCAUCCAGUUCAGGCGAUGCUGAUGGGGAGAGUUUUGGAGGAGACUCUCCAGUUAGACUCUCUCCUAUCUUGGACAGCACGAUACUCAGUUCACACAUGCUUGCUGGCAAUCAAGAGCCCUUUUCCAAUAUUAAUGAAGGAUCUGGUAUAAACUCUUGUUUUUCAGUAUUUGAAGUGCAAUGCAGUAAUUCUGUUUUACCAUUUUCUUUUGAAACACUCAACUUGGGAAGUGAACAUACAGAUUCUAGUGCUAAUAUGCUGGGGAAAACACAGUCUAGAUUGCUAAUAUGGACCAAAAAUAGUGCCUUUGAAGAAAAUGAACACUGUUCUAAUCUUUCAACAAGAACUUGUAGUCCGUGGUCCCAUUCAGAAGAAGCACGCUCGGACAACGAGACACUAAACAUUCAGUUUGAAGAAUCGACACAGUUUACUGCAGAAGAUAUUAAUUAUGUGGUUCCCAGAGUCUCGUCAGAUUAUGUAGAUGAAGAACUUCUAGAUUUUUUGCAGGAUGAAACUUGUCAACAAAACAGUAGAACUUUAGGAGAAAUUCCUACAUUAGUUUUCAAAAAAAGAUCUAAGCUAGAAUCUGUGUGUGGUAUUCAGCUAGAACAAAAGGCAGAAAAUAAGAACUUUGAAACUACACAAGCAUGUAGUGAAAGCAGUCCACAUGGAGAUGGCUACAGCUCAGGGGUUAUCAAAGACAUUUGGACAAAGAUGGCAGAUCGAAGUUCUGUGGCUGCAGUAGAGACAGAAGGAACUGGGGAGGAGUUGUUCUCCACAGAUGUAAAUAACUACUGCUGCUGUUUGGACACUGAUGCUAAGAUGGAGGCCCUUCAAGAGCCUAGUAGGGCUGUGCAGAGGUCAGAGUAUCAUCUCUGGGAGGGACAGAAGGAGAACCUGGAGAAAAGAGCAUUUGUCUCUAGUGAGCUGUCGAAGUUGGAUGUUGGUGACUACACCACACCCUCUAAACCUUGGGAUGUGGCCCAAGAUAAAGAGAACACAUUCAUUCUUGGAGGAGUUUAUGGAGAACUCAAAACGUUCAACAGCGAUGGGGAAUGGGCAGUUGUACCACCUGGUCACACAAAAGGGAGCUUGUUACAAUGUGCAGCCUCUGAUGUCGUGACAAUAGCUGGUACAGAUGUCUUUAUGACCCCUGGAAACAGCUUUGCUCCUGGUCACAGGCAGCUCUGGAAGCCCUUUGUGUCAUUUGAACAGAAUGAUGUGCCGAAGAGUGGGGAAAAUGGGUUAAACAAAGGAUUUUCUUUUAUCUUCCAUGAAGACUUGCUGGGAGCCUGCGGUAACUUUCAAGUUGAAGAUCCUGGGCUUGAAUAUUCAUUCUCUUCCUUUGACCUAAGCAACCCUCUCUCACAGGUUCUCCACGUAGAGUGUUCAUUUGAACCAGAAGGGAUUGCAUCUUUCAGCCCCAGUUUUAAGCCGAAAUCAAUCCUCUGCUCUGACUCAGACAGUGAGGUUUUUCACCCCAGAAUAUGUGGUGUCGACAGGACACAGUACAGGGCUAUUCGAAUCUCUCCUCGGACUCACUUUCGCCCAAUUUCUGCAUCCGAACUAUCCCCUGGAGGAGGAAGCGAGUCAGAAUUUGAAUCUGAAAAAGAUGAAGCAAAUAUUCCCAUUCCUUCUCAAGUUGAUGUAUUUGAAGACCCACAAGCAGAUCUCAAACCUCUAGAAGAAGAUGCAGAGAAAGAAGGCCACUACUAUGGAAAAUCAGAGCUUGAGUCUGGGAAGUUCCUGCCCAGGUUAAAAAAAUCUGGAAUGGAGAAAAGUGCUCAGACGUCACUGGAUUCCCAGGAGGAGGCAACUGGGAUUCUGCCAGUAGGAAAACAAAAUCAGUGUUUAGAAUGUAACUUUAAUGAAUCUCUGGAAAUAAAUUUCGAAAGCUCAACAGCAAAUUGUAAAAUAAUGACACAAUGUGAAGAGGAAAUGAAUGAUUUUUGCAGUUGCAAAGCAGGUUGUCAGUUUCCUGCUUGUGAAGAUAAUCCUGUUUCUUCAGGACAACUGGAAGAGGUUUAUAAACAUGCUCUGUGUUUGGCUUCAUCUAAACAGUUUCCUGUAUUGAAUGCUGAUGUGCAAGAAGUGACAAGAAAUCAAGAAAAGCAGAGCUGGUGGGAAAAAGCCUUGUACUCUCCCCUUUUUCCCACAUCAGAGUGUGAAGAAUGUUAUACAAAUGCCAAGGGAGAGAAUGGUAUAGAAGAAUAUCCAGAUGCUAAAGAGACACCCAGUCAUGAAGAGCGUCUGUUAGAUUUUAAUAGGGUGUCUUCUGUUUAUGAAGCAAGAUGCACAGGAGAGAGAGGUUCUGAGGCAAAACCAAAUGGCCUCCACAGGAAGAUGUGUUCCAGCACCAGCUCUGACACAGGCGACACAGGCUCCGAAGCCGGCGGAGAGCGGGUGGGCCCCAGGAGAGAGGAGCUCUUCUCCCGAACACAUCUCUGACCCUGCAGAGUAGUACCAGUCAUUGAAAAUGCUGUGAUGGGAAAUUGCCUUCUGUGAGGCCUGUUAGUCUAAAGCAGCAACUUAGGUUUCUUCUUCGAUUAACUGAUCCGCAUCAGUGAUUACCUUUCUCUUCUUGCUUAUUUUAGCGUUGAGGACGGCUGUCCUGUUGAAGAUUUGUUUCCAAGCUGUUAAGUUCUUGCUCUCUGAAGUAGACUAGACUGUGCUGUCCAGUGAGGAAUGGGUGUGCAUGUGCUUGUCCUAGCGCGUCCCGCUUCUGCAUCGCAGCUGCAGGCCUCCUUCUGGCGGCUGUGUCGCCAUCACCUUGUCAGCACCAUGGCGACAACAACCGCCACCGUCCAGAGACUCUAGCUCUGUUCUCUGAGCCAGGAGAUCAGUCCUCCCCUGCAGUGGGUCAGGGCCUUGCUGAAGGAGGAGGGAAGCAUGGUGACUCAUCUGCAGGCUCAUUCAGAAGAUCUCGUGGACACUGCUGUAGGAACACAAGGGUGUGCUUUAGAGACUUACAGAAUACUGUGCUCUCUCUUAGGAUCCCCUAAAGUACCAUGGAAGAUACUGUGGCUUGUGACUUUCUUGCUAGCUGAAGAAGCCAAGGAUUUGAGGCAUGGGGUGGUGGAUGGGGUGAGUUCUGCUACUGCAGCACAUCCAUGGCAGGCACAGCAGGGUUCUCUAAGCUGCCUUCCCAGCACGUAGUUGCGGACCUUUCUUGCAAAUUAUCUUCUGGUGACUACAUUGAAGUCGCCAAAUGAACUUAAAAACAUUUGACAUGCAGUGAGGCCACCUCAUUACCCCAAAGAAAUCUUUGGCUGCUCCAGCUAGCUGCUCUUGUGGCUGUGAUGUAGUAUAGCUUGUAUCUCAUUUUGUGUUUGAGAGAAUGUUUUGGGCAAGUUCUGCUUGCGGUGGGCUGGGGUGGGUAGAGGAGUUUCCCACGUACCUGUGUGAUUGCUGUUCUGAUCAUUGCCUCAUGUGACUUGGUGAAGCAGGCUGGCGGCUUGCCUCACACAGUUACAUCUAACUGUGCUGAUCACCUCUUUGAGCUCUCUCUUGUGGCACUGCCAUAGGCGAUAGGAGGGCCAAUUGUGCAAAACCUAAACAUCCGAAAUUAUUUUUCUCUUUUUAACCAACUUGCUUUUAAAAACACCUUUCUGUGACAUGAGUUCAGCAUGUCCAGAGCAUCAGGAAUGGCCUAGAGGUCUAAAGUAGUUGAGCUGGCCUCACCAGUGAGUGGGGCAGCACUAGACAUGUGGGUGGCUUCUUAGCUGGGAGUGGAGCUGCCCCUCAGGCCUUGCCAGUAGUACUUGAUUUGUUGCCUGUUUUUCAGGAAAACAGGAAACAUCUUGGAGGCUGUGCAGUCCCUGCAUUUCUGUGCAUCCUCAUCACGAGCAGGCUGGCUUGCUGGCUGGGGCAUCUUGCCACCUUAGGGCUUGUUUUCAUACAGCACAUCUUUCGACACUUUACAGUGGCUUGUGUGUGCGUGUGUGCAUGUGGAAGGUUUCAUGUUGCUCUUACUUAUUUACAGACAUCAGAUAAGUUUUAUGUAUGUUUUUCUUCUGGAGCUUCCUAAAAUUUGAUUAACAUCUGCACUGAAAUAUAACCUAUCAUCAAAAGCGAAAGGAUCAGAAGUUGUAAAUUCCUAAAAUCAAUGCAGUCAUGAUUACCCUAGAAAUUGUUGCUAUGACCAAAUGGAUUUCAUACUCAGCCGUGAGCUUGGGUGACCUGGACAGCCAGUGUUCAUCAGGAAAGGGCUCCAGGUGGCAAAGACACCUCCCUCCUGAGCUGUGGGGAGAGGCCCCCACAGGGGUUGCGCUGGGUCAUCAAAGGCAAAGGGAUGACUAGAUUCUGUGUUUGGUUUCUUUUUGUAGUUAAGUGGCUGAAGCCCAGAGGCUUUGGCACAAGAUUGAAGUGUGGUUUUAGUUUCAUGAAUGGAUGAUCACAAAAGAAGCAUUAAAAAAGUUGGCAAACGCUGAAACGCACCGUGGUAUGAAGCGCGUUGCAUAUCCGUAGCACUGAAGUAUCAGCUCCAUUCCUGGGCUGAGAUUUUUUUUUUUUUUUCCCGUGGUUGUAUUGUUCUGAUUUCACGUACACCAGAGUAACUGAUUUUUUUUUGUUUGUUUUGUUUUGUUUUCUUGUGGAGUUAACACCAAAUAAAAAUUUCAAAAAUG